AAUUUGCCGCCAGUUUGUUUUGAUAAAGUUUGCUGAUGGGAGCACACUUUCGUCGUUUUCCGAAAACUGUUUUUACCUCUUAAGGAAUUAGAUAAUCGCGAUGUUUUAACAGAAACUGCCACAAUGUCUAACCAGGAAGCUGCCCCAGAUGCCGACGAUGGCGGCAGAUUGGUCGCCAUAAAUCGUGAGUUGGAGGAGGUCGACGCCGAACUGGCCCGGCUAACGGCGCGCCGGAAGAAGUUGCUCCAGCUGAAGGAACAGUACCGCGUCCGGGAGCUGCAGGUAAAGUCCAGCGAGCUGGCCAAACAGGACUGGAACGCGGAAGGCCACGCGUGGUCGGGCACGGUGCGGCAGGUGCUGGGGGAGGUUUUUCGGAUGGCGGAUUUUCGGUCGCAGCAGUUGCCGGCGAUCAAUGGGAUUCUGUCGAAGCACGACGUUAUUUUAUUGGCGCCGACGGGUGGGGGGAAGAGCUUGUGCUUCCAGUUGCCAGCGCUGGUGGCGGACGGGAUUACGGUUGUGGUUUCGCCGUUGAUUUCGCUGAUGGAGGACCAGGUUUGGGCGCUGAAGAAGCUGGGGGUGAAGGCGGAAUAUUUGAGUGCCAACAUCGACAAGGAUGUGGUCAAUAAUGUGAACAAGUUGUUGCGGGACGGGGACACGGAACAGCUGAAGAUUGUUUACAUAACGCCGGAGCGGAUGGCGAAGAGUAAUCGGUUCAUGAGUGCACUUCAAAAGUGUUACAAUGCGAAAAAGUUGGCGCAGUUUGCGAUCGACGAGGUUCAUUGCUGCUCCCAGUGGGGACAUGACUACCGGCCGGACUACAAGCUGUUGGCCGUUCUGAAAAAGAUGUAUCCGGACGUUCCGAUUCUGGGUGUGACGGCGACCGCAACGGCGAAGGUCCUCAAUGACGUGCAGAAGAUGUUGGGCUUGCGGGAGUGUCUGAUUUUCAACGCCCCGUUCAAUCGACCGAAUCUGUACUAUCACGUGCUGGAGAAGCCCUCGGACAAGGAGGAACUGUACGACAUGCUGGCCGAGCUGAUGAAGGGACGGUACCGUAACAUGAGUGGUAUCAUCUACACCUUUACCGUGAAGGAAACGGAGGAAAUCUCAACGCAGCUGCUACAGCGGGACGUCAAGGUGAUUCCGUAUCACGCGUAUUUGGACGCGAAGCAGCGUUCGAGGACGCACCAGAGGUGGAUGAGCAACGAGGUGCAGGCGGUGGUGGCCACGGUCGCGUUCGGGAUGGGCAUCGACAAGGCGGACGUGCGGUUCGUGAUUCAUCACACGAUUAGCAAAAGUAUGGAGAAUUUCUACCAGGAAAGUGGCCGAGCUGGGAGGGAUGGACGGAGGGCGGAUUGCAUUCUGCUGUACCGGUUUAUGGACCUGUUUCGACUGUCGACGAUGUCGUUCCAGGAGUACGAAGGGCUGAGCAAUCUGUACUCGAUGGUCAAGUACUGCAUCAACGGGAAAGACUGCCGCCGCCGGCUCAUCUCGCGCCACUUUGCCGAAGUGUGGGACGACACGCACUGCAACCGGAUGUGCGACCGGUGCUACCACCGGGACAAGGUCACGCUGCCCGAGCAGGACAUCACAACGCACUACAACACGCUUUUGGCGAUCCUCCGUCGGGCGGAAACCCUGCAGACCAAGUUGACCGCGCUGAAGCUGGUUGACGCGUGGUACCACAAGGGCAGCCCCAAGAACCGGCUGGAGACGCCACCGCCGGUGAUGGACCGAUACAUUGGCGAGCAGUUGGUGGCGUUUUUGAUCGUGAACGACUACCUGAAGGAGGAGUUCCAGUACAACGCGUACACGACGCUGAGUUACAUCGCGAAAGGGGACGCGUACGUCGGGGAGGAAGGAAUUCGGUUCCAGGCGGCUCGGGAGUAUCGCGUUCCGAAGGAAUCUCUGCUGGAGAGCGAUUGCGAGGUGCUUUCCGAUGGGUCAAAGUCAACGCCGUCGUCGUCGAAGCGGAAGUCUAGUGGGAGCAGCAGUCGCGAUUCCGGAAGGGCGACCUCAACGAGUUCGAGGAGGUCGAGCGAUGCGGAAUCGGCGGAACGGAAGCGACGUCGCAAAACGGCAAACGAGAUCAAGAGUAAGGAGCGGGAGAUUCUCUCGAAUGAACUGCGCAAUCGAAACCUCACCGAAAAUGGGAGCGCCGUUGAGUCCGACGGUGACGAUGUUCUUUUCGUUCCAAACAACGAAGAAAUCAUUGAAAUCGACGAAACGUGAAAACUGAUUUUUUUUUGUAUGAAAUAAACGAGAUUUAAGGUGUACAGUUGAA